UGUUAUUUUUUUCUGUUGACACACAAAACAAAACCCUAACACGAAAACCGUUGUACAUCUUUCUCUCUCUGUUUUAGCGGCUUAUCGGAAGAUAUCAAUGGCGGUGGAAGCUGCAAAUCAACCAAAAAUUCGAUGGGGUGAGCUAGAAGAUGAUGCGGAGGAUUUGGAUUUCCUUUUACCGCCGAAGCAAGUAAUUGGGCCAGAUCAGAAUGGGUUGAAGAAAAUAGUGGAAUACAAGUUUAACGAGGAAGGAAACAAGGUAAAAAUCACUACUACAACGCGUAUUCGCAAGCUUGCGAAUGCUAGGCUUAGUAAAGGCGCUGUCGAGCGCCGGUCUUGGCCUAAGUUUGGUGAUGCUGUUCAUGAGGAUGUUGGUGCUCGUCUUACCAUGGUUUCUACUGAGGAGAUUAUUCUUGAGCGUCCUAGAGCUCCCGGUUCGAAGCAGGACGAAGCUAAAUCUGGUGGAGACUCUUUGGCUCAAAUUGGGAAAGCAGGGGCUGUUCUUAUGUUGUGUAGGACCUGUGGCAAGAAGGGUGAUCAUUGGACAUCAAAAUGCCCCUUCAAGGAUCUUGCUCAGCCGAGUGAGACCUUUGUGGAUAGGCCACCGUCAAGGGAAGCACCUGCUGCUGGGACUGGUUCUCAAAAGAGUGCUUAUGUUCCUCCGAGCAUGAGAGGUGGUGCUGCAGAGAGAGGAAGUGGUGGGGGAACUGAGAUGAGAAGAAGGAAUGAAGAAAACUCUGUUAGGGUCACCAACCUUUCCGAGGACACUCGGGAGGCUGAUUUGUUGGAGCUGUUCCGUCCAUUUGGUCACGUCAGCAGAGUGUAUGUUGCGAUUGAUCAAAAGACAGGAAUGAGCAGAGGAUUUGGUUUUGUCAACUUUGUCAACAGAGAAGAUGCUGAGAGGGCCAUAAACAAGCUCAAUGGUUAUGGUUAUGACAAUCUCAUCCUUAGAGUUGAAUGGGCUGCUCCCAGAGCUACUUAGUGUGUUCUUUCCUUGACCAAUACCAUGUUUUAUUUAAACCAAAAAAAAAUUCUUUUGCUUUGCGUCUGUGGCCCUUGCGCUCUCUUGAACACUGUUUUUAUUUUAAGUUAUUGAAUGAGGAAUAUUGCUUAUGAAAAAGUUUUGGAAUAUAUAGGUUAGCUUUUACAA